AUGUCAAGCUUGUUCAAGCUAUCGAUACAAGGUAUCAGGUCGUUCGAUAGUGAGAGGUCGGAAACCAUCCAAUUUGGAUUUCCGUUAACACUCAUUUGCGGGCAGAAUGGGUGUGGUAAAACUACGAUUAUCGAGUGUUUGAAGUAUGCAACUACUGGAGACUUACCGCCAAACUCUAAAGGAGGAGCAUUCGUUAUAGACACUGAGAUUGUCGGGCGAAACAACGUUACUGCUCAAGUAAAAUUAGCUUUUAAAGAUGUCAUGGGUAGAUCAAUGAUCACUACUAGAUCAAUGCAGCUAACAAAAAAAAAAUCCAAUGGUAAAGCGAGCUCUAAUACUUUCAAGACCCUUGAAGGGCAGUUGGCUAUCAUUGAAAAGGGCAACAAGCAAACACUUUCAACAAAGAAUGCCGAGUUAGAUGCAAGAAUCCCAAUCCACCUUGGUGCUUCGAGGGCAGUUUUAGAUUAUGUUAUAUUUUGUCAUCAAGACGACAACUUGUGGCCCUUGAGUGAAGCAUCUGUAUUGAAGAAGAGGUUCGACGAAAUAUUUGAAGCCUCCAAGUUUACUAAAGUUCUCGAUAAUUUAAAAACCAUCAAAAAGGACAUGACGAUUGAUAUAAAAUUAAUCGAACAAAGUGUUAACCAUUUGAAAAUUGAUAAAGAGAGAGCCAAGAAGAUCCAAGGUCGUUUGAAUGAGAUUGUAAACUUGCUGGAAAUUUUAAACAAUGAUGUAGCUGAUGUAAAGUUAAAGAUUGAAGAAAAGGACAAGGAAGCAGAGGUUUUGUUCCAAACGCAUCAAGAAUAUCAACAAACUUUAGCACAAUUUGAUCAGCUCAAUCAUUCUAGAAAGCUAAUUUGUCAACAGAUUGAACGGCUAGAGACCACAAUUGAUAUAUUAGAUGAUUCCUACGAAAAUUUGGUGAGUAAGAAGAUAAACUUCGAGAAUACAAUAAAAGAUAUGGAACAUAGCAUUGAGGAAUUGAAAAGAACGAAAUUUAAGCAUGAGAAUAACUGUAAUUCCUUGAUUCAAGAGUUCAAUGAGUUAAAUAGAUUAGAUGGUUCAUUGAAGUCAAAAGAAAAGGACUUCCAGCAAGAUCUAAUCAAUUUGGAAAGUACUAUUGUCGAAAACAAUGGGCUAUUCAAGUUUGACCAAAAAAUUAAUCGUGAUCAAGACAUUAAUGAGAAGCUCACUUUAUAUAAAAAUUUCAUGGAUCAUUCAACCUCUUAUGUACAGAGACUUCGGAAAGAAUCCACUGAUAUGAUCAAGAAAAAUAGGCAGUCUGAGAAAUUACUGCAAAACAAAUUGCAGAUUACGUUAGAUUCCUUUGCAAGAGAAAAUCAACGCAAAGCUUACUAUGAAGAAAGCAUUUCCAAGAGCCUUUCAAAGAUCUCCAAUUUUGAAAAGAGAUUGGAGAGUUUAAAAAGUCACGAAGAUGAGCUCGAUAGUAAGCAACUUGAACUCGAAUCUAAUACUCAAAAAUAUACAGAGACUAAAGAACUCAAUGAGCUUAGUAAAAUAAAUGAAAAGAUAAAUAAAGAUAAAGAAAGAUUGGGUGUCCUUGAGAAUGAUAUGGAAAUUCUAAAUAAAAAAAUUAAUUUGUCAAACAAGCAAUCCGAUACUAGAGCGAGGCUUUCAUUUUUGAAAGAUUCCCUGAAAGCCAAAAGAAGCUUUUUGGAGAAGCUAAUUGCAAGUAUCCAAAAAGACUUCGAGAAAUUUACUGGCCAAAAGUUCGCCGUAGAAAGCGGUAAGAGCAUCAUCGAUAAUAAUCUUGAAAAGACACAUGAUCAAGUAAAAGAUGUUAAAAGUGAAAGUGAGAUGAUUCGAAAGCAAUCCAGUGCACUUAAGACUACUAUCGAACUUGAUGAACUAAAUCUAAGAAAGACUGAAGAACACUUGGGACUGUCAGAAAUAGAGAUUGUCAAGAUGAUUUCAAUUAAUGAGAUUCCGUCCUUUGAACAAAUCUUACUGGAAGCCGAGGAUGAUUACAACACUACGUACGAGAAUUUAAAUACUGCUGAAGUCUCCAGACAGUUUAAAAUCAAAGCGAUUGAAGUUUCUGAACGUGAAAAACAUUGCCAAUUGUGUCAACGUCCAUUUGAUGAGCCUGGUUUAAAAGCCUUUAUUAACCUUUUAAAAAACAGCCUUGAAGAUGAAGUUACUAAAAAGUUCGAGAGUGAUUUUGAGAAUGCUAAAAAAGAUUUAGAAAGUUUAAGACUCAUUAGUAACGAUGUAUUAUCCUUCAGAAGUGCUUCAAAAGAUAAAAAAGAAUUAAUAAAAUCAAUGGAAGAAAAUAAGAAUAAGUUUGAGUCUGUGACCAAAAAGCUUGACGAAAUAGAAGGUACAUUUGAAGACCUCGAGUUAAAGAACCAAGUGCUAGCAUCUUUAAAAGGAAAAGUAGAAGAAAUAAGAAGAUAUUAUAAUGAAGUUAAUCAAAUUGGCGAGCAGAUUAAUAUUUUCAAUAAUGAGCUUGAAACUUAUGGAGCAUCUUCACAUUCCAUCUCGGAUUUGCAAGAAGAGCAACAGAAAAAGAAUAUUGAAAUUAAGACAUUGAGGCACUUAAUUGCCGAUAAUACUGAAGCAAAAUACGAAGUGCAGCGAGAUCUUUCUAGACUCGAGAACAAGAUCAAAGACUCUAAAUUGGCGAUCAGUCACUUAGAAAAAUCUUUAUCUGAAAGAAAGAGCGUGAUUGAAAAUAUUCUGGAGACUAAUGAAUCUCUUAUAGCUGUUAAACUUGAGAAAUCGAAUGUCGAAGAUACUUUAGCUAACUUGAAAGAACAGAAAAUGAAAGAAGAGAGUGAAUUAGAAACCCUCCUGAAUUUAAAUAAUAAGAAAGAAGGUGAAACCGCUGAUAAAUUGAAGGUAAUUGAAAGCUUAUUAUCAAACUACACUAGUGUUUUCAAUCGGAUAAUGCAGUUCAUUAAUCGUGAUAAGCCAAACAUCAUUCAAAAUGAUGAGAGAAUCGAAAAGAUUAAAAUUGAGAUCGAAGAAAGCAAGCUACAAGUCUCAAGCAUAGAGAAUGAUAUGAAGAAACUUGAGAAUGAUGUCGCUCAGUCUUCUAAACUAGAGCAUAAUAUUAUUGCAAAUAUUGAUUAUGAAGAUCUCAAGCUGGAAAAAAAUAAGAUUGAGCAACAAAUUUCAAAUUUACAAAUCGAUGACGCUACUUCAAAGCGUGAAGAAUAUCACACUUUAUCCAGUUCUAUAAGAGAAGAAUUAAUCCAACUCAACUCUGAAUAUUCGAGUAAAUCAGGUGAAAUUAAACAACUAAAAGAUCAGACUGAAUCCAUAAGGAAAGAACUAGAAUCUGAAUACAAGGAUGUUGACAAAUUUUACCAUGAAGAAUGGAUAAAGUUGCAAGCAAAUCUCUUAAUUUCUAACGAUAUCCAAACCUACUCAAAAGCAUUAGAUAAUGCAAUAAUGAAAUACCAUAGUUCAAAAAUGGAGAAUAUUAAUAAAACGUUGAAUGAAUUAUGGUCUCAGACCUAUAAAGGGACAGAUAUAGAUACGAUUGCAAUUAAGAGUGACGUAAAUAUUCAAGCAAAAGGGAAUAGAUCUUAUAAUUAUCGUGUCGUCAUGUACAAAUCAAAUGCUGAAUUAGACAUGAGAGGACGUUGCUCGGCGGGACAAAAAGUCUUGAGUAGCAUUUUGAUUCGACUCGCGCUAGCAGAAUGCUUUGGAAUAAAUUGUGGAAUGAUAGCUUUGGAUGAGCCGACUACUAACUUGGAUGAUGAUAAUGCCGAAUCUUUAGCUCAAGCGUUAAAUCAAAUUGUCUCGUUCAGAAAGAUUCAAAGAAAUUUUCAACUUAUUGUUAUUACUCAUGACGAGAAAUUUUUAAGUCAUAUUAAUGGAGAUCAAUUUGCAGAACACUUCUAUAGAGUCCAAAGAGAUGAAAAUCAAAGGUCAACCAUUUACCGCCUCCCGAUUAGCAAAAUAAGAGAAGGUUGA